CGGGCCUCCUUUCGGUCUCCUCUGUGGACGGCCGUGGGGCCCUGCGCUGCCGGGACACAAGAGUUGCUCGUACGGGAGCGACCGCUUCACCUCACGUCACCACCGUGCACUCCCUCCGUCCCCUACAACCUGACUGAUGUUCACGGCUGCGGAGAGUCUCCGGACGCGCGCGGCCGGUUUCCCGUACGCAGUCUCUCACGGCUGACUUGGGGCCAUUUCCCAGUUCGGGCCAGCGUAGACCGAGUGCUCGGCCGGACUCCGCCGAACGCCCCUCUCGCACCCACGACCACAGGCCGCGGCAGAGGGAGCGGCCGCUGCUUCUGGGACCGGAGCGCGGGCCCUCGCGCGCGACUCCUUCCGGGCUCUGUGACGUCACCCGAGGCCCCGCCCCCGCGGGCAGAGCCAAUCGGAAGGCGGGGCACGGUCUUCCAGGAGCGCGCGCGCGCGCGCGAGCCGGCGGUCCUGGGGCGCGACGCCAUGGAUCCGGUCCUCCUCAGCGCCCGGGCUCAGGUCACGCCGCAGCCACCGGAAGGGUGGCCGCCCGUGAGCUCCGAGGAGGAGCUGUACGACUGCCUGGAUUACUACUACCUGCGCGACUUCCCGGCCUGCGGGGCCGGGCGCAGCAAGGGUCGGACGCGGCGCGAGCGGGAACUGCGUACCAACUGGCCGGUGCCCGGCGGCCACGAGCGCAAGGUCGCGCAGAAGCUCCUCAACGGCCAGCGCAAGCGUCGCCAGCGCCAGCUGCAGCCCCGCGCGCGCACCCGCCUGAUCUGAGCGCGGGUGCGUGCGGGCUGCAGCCGCCGGGACCCUGGCCCAGCAUCCUGGCCACCCGGGCGCCGGUCGCGUCGGCCGUCUGCGACUGCGGCGGGCAGUGUCGCCCCCUCCGCGGCGGCUCCCGCUGGCGAGUCACGGCCGGCCCCGCUCGCCCCUGGGCCGCAGUAAGAAUGGUGUGAAAGAUCGGCACGGUCAGAUUGGGGAGUCGGAGAAGAGGCUCGGCGGUGCGGAAACACCUCUUUAAGACUGAGUGGAGCAUUUUCUUCCAGCGCCUGCGCGCGGGCCGGGAACGGUGAUCGGCCUGUCGGUUCCCUGCAGGGUGCCCGGCGGCACCGAGCGAAGCGUUUUCUCCGGCUCGGCGGCGCUGUGCUCGGCAGGGGAGAAUGCAUGUGGGCCAGCAUGACUUCUUCCCGACGUCGCCCAAGUUGACCGCCGCAGCCUCUUUUCCUUGUGAUUGUUAAGUAACACCAAGUGUCCAAGGGGUGUGCCUUUUUAGGGUUUCUAAUUAAAGCAGCAAGAACGGCA